CAAAGAUAGGCGGGAUUUGAAAGAGGUUCGUAGAAAAACCAAUAAUGAAUUCUGUAGAUCCUUUUGAAGACUUUCACGACAUGUAUGAUGCUCUCCCACCAGCAAGACCCACUGGUAGUGUAAACGGUGUUAAUUUGGCCGAUUUGGAAAAGACAGGAAUUGAGUUGGAGGUUGAGCCUAAUGCGUAUUCGGGCGGAGAAGAGGAAGAGAACGAGAAGGAGAGACUCAAGAAUUACAAAUCUGAUGAAAUAUGGCAGCACGUUAACCCGGAGUGUAUGCAGGCUCCCGACUCAUCAACUCCCUUUGAUCAUCUUGAGUCAAUCAUGGAUGAUAUUACCAGUGGACAGGGUAUGGUGUUUAAGAAGAUUAUUCGUCCUGGAAUAGGACUGAGCAUACCUGAGGGAGCAACUGUGAAAGUUCAUUAUAAUGGAUACUUGGAAUAUUCUGAUGAACCGUACGACUCGACACGAUUGCGUAACAAACCACUUACCAUUCGUCUGGGUACCCAUCAAGUUAUUGAAGGAUUGGAAGUGGGUGUGGCUAGCAUGAGAAAGGAGGAGGUGUCUCAAUUUCUUGUGAAGUCUCCCUAUGCCUUUGGGGACAUGGGUUGUCCCCCACGAAUACCGCCUGCAGCUUCAAUUCUUUUUGAAGUUGAAGUCCUCUCCUUUGUUGAUCACAGUGCUGCUGACAGUUAUGACGAAUUACCUGAUGAGGAUAAGGCCAAAGUUAGCCUUAAGGAAAUUGUAAAUGUCGCCAAUGCAGAGAGAGAGGCUGGUAAUGAUUUUUUUGGACAGAAAAUGUAUGGAAGAGCAACCAAUCACUAUAUUAAAGCAAUACGGCUUUUAGAAUCUUCAAGACUCCAAGACGAAGAGGAGGAGGAGUUGUGGAAAGACUCACUAAUGAAGUUAUACAUUAACUUGUCGCUGACUAACUUGAAGCAGCGAAAACCGAAAUGUGUCAUCACAAAUUGCAGAAGAGUUCUGGAGCUGAAAGAUAAUAAUGUGAAAGCUACUUUCACUCUUGCUAAAGCUUUCUCGAUGCUUGGAGAAUGGAGUGAGUCGAGGAAGUAUUUGGUCAAAGCAAUCAAGCUCUCUCCUAAUAAUGCUGAGAUACGCAAGGAAAUGGCAAAACUUGACAGUAAAAUUCGUGAAUUUGAAGUGAUGGAGAGAGGAUUAUACUCGCGUAUGUUCCAAUCAGAUGCUAAUGGAGCCUCUUCAGAUCCUGAGACUGAUUCAUCAUUGUAUCAAGAAGGGGAGGAAGAAUUAACUGUCUCUGAAGAAGUAAAAGCUGCACUUACAGAGAAAUUAGAGCAGUUCAAUAAUAAUCAUUCAAUGUGUGAGUUAGUAUUACCAAUUGGUACCAGUCAAGAAGAGAUUAAGUGCAUUCAAGCCAUUGCUCGUAACCUAGGGAUGGACACUACACUAGGAAAUGAAAGUUCCCAGUUUAGUAUCAAAGUUGUGAAGCCCGACUUGCUCCCUCCAGAAGACUUGAAUUUCUAAGGACCACACGUCACACUCUAAGCUUGGACAAAACUUAUAUAUAAUAAGCUCUAAGCUUGGACAAACAUUAUAUAAUCAAUCAAUUCUCUAAUCAGCUCAAAAAUCAUUAUCAAAAAAGUAAAUUCAUUUAAUUCUUUUUCUUUUUACCACCAGACCGUUGUUGUGGGCUGGGUGGCUUGAUUUGUGUUAAUUUUGGAAA